AUGGCGCCUGUACACUGGACUACCUUCAAGUUUUUGACGGCUCAUCUACCUCUAGCAGGUCUUUUGGGACCUUCUGUGGCAGUUCCAUACCGAAAAUACUUGUCUCGAGUUCCAACUAUAUGCAUGUUGUGUUCAGAACUGACGCUUCGGUUACCAGUAAAGGCUUUUUCGGAACACGAGUCCGUUACACUGAUGAACUCUGGACAAGUCGUAAGCCCAGGCUAUCCUUUAGGUUACCCAAUAUCAAAGUCCUACUCCUGGUUGUUAAUGGGAGCUUCUGGAACUUACGUAGUCUUAAAAACUUUAUAUUACAGCAUAUCGGUGCUAGAGAGCCAAGGUAGUGGAUCUUCUUGCAGCAGCGACUAUCUGUCAGUCUACGAUGGCAUUCUUAUGACGUCACGACCGUUUGGCCGUUUCUGUGGGACCAAGGCCCCUGGUGUCCUUGUGUCGACAACAAACUACAUGCUGGUCACAUUCACAUCGGAUUCUUCAAACACGUACAAGGGAUUUUACGGGGAGUUUUUUACUCGAAGUAAGUCUUUGUUACCUUUUUUGGUUUAG